AAAAUUAGAACAUUUUGAAGGGCACGCAUAGUUGGAAGGCCUGUCUUGUGGAGCAUACGAAUUGACAGGAGCAGAGUCCCUGUAAGAACCUCAAAGGGUGCGUGAAGAUAGUAUGCCUACCAGCUUACUCAUUGCUUCCCUAAUAUACCGGCUACUAAUACCAAAGGCUGCCAUGAGAUUCACUAAACAAUUCCAAUUUGUUUGUUUGGCCUUGCUCUUCAUUUCGGGAGCGUGGCCUUCUAAAUCCACAGCUCGAACCCUCCUGGAUGCACCCAUGUAUGAGAGGCAUGAGCAAUGGAUGACUCAGUAUGGGCGUGUAUACAAGGAUGACAACGAGAGGGCGACCCGUUACAGCAUAUUCAAGGAAAAUGUUGCACGCGUAGAUGCUUUUAACAGUCAAACCGGAAAAUCUUACAAACUUGGUGUCAAUCAAUUUGCAGAUCUUACAAAUGAAGAGUUCAAAGCUUCACGCAAUAGGUUCAAGGGUCAUAUGUGCUCUCCACAAGCAGGUCCAUUCAGAUAUGAAAACGUUUCUGCAGUGCCUUCUACCAUGGACUGGAGAAAGGAAGGAGCUGUAACCCCUGCCAAGGACCAAGGACAAUGUGGUGAGUGCCUAUCCUUGUGUUGUUGUUGGGCAUUUUCGGCAGUGGCAGCCAUGGAAGGAAUCAAUAAGCUCACAACUGUUUCUGUUGCUAUUGACGCUGGUGGAUAUGAUUUCCAAUUCUACUCGAGUGGCAUCUUUACAGGAAGUUGCGACACUCAACUAGACCAUGGUGUCACUGCUGUUGGAUAUGGAGUCAGCGAUGGAUCAAAGUAUUGGCUAGUGAAGAACUCAUGGGGUGCCCAAUGGGGGGAAGAGGGAUACAUACGAAUGCAGAAGGAUAUACCUGCAAAGGAAGGACUAUGUGGCAUAGCUAUGCAAGCCUCUUACCCCACUGCCUGAUCAGACGUUCCCAAAUCUAAACACGUGUCAUCUACUGCUGUUGAUGGCUAUUUCUAUCAAUUAUAACGUGUAUGAUUGCUCUCUAUAAUUUCUCCUUUGUCUUAUUUCAUAUCUCAUAAAGAACUCGUAGAAGCCUCCGAUGCUAAUAACGAGUCUGUAUAUGCUAUUGUUACUGUGUAACAUAUACAUGAAAACCAUCUUAUUUUAUGUCUUAGCACAAUUUCUUCAAGGGAACCA